CAUUUCCUGUUGGACACUCUUUCCGUUGUGGCUGAGGACAGGACAGGAGCUUCGAGCAAAGCUCCUCAGGGGCCUUAGUUGAGCGGGCUGCAAUGGGGGAUCCAAUCCCCGUGGACGACCUGGGGGGUGGUGAGGAAGAAGGGGAGACAUUUGAUGACGGCUGCGGUUGGACCUGCUUCUGUAACUCCUGUCCACCACCAAGAAGAUGGUGGACUUUCGCUGAGGCGAACGAAGAAGACUCUUCCAACCUAGAAGUCCAAGAAGAGGGCCCUGUUGAUAUCGAGUCAUCUUCUGACUUUGAAUUUCCAGCCAGGGAGUCACCAACUGAGGAAUCAGAAAUUCAAGCUUCUGGUCUAGGUUUUAGAAACAAAAGAGCUUUCUCUUCCAGCAGUGAGCAGGAGGAGGGUCCUGCUGUCAAGUUAGUUAAGGUGAAAGCAGAUGACCUGUCCAGCAUGAAGGAGGAACUGGCCAGCAUUAAAAAUAAUGUGGAUUUCCUUCUGUCUUCUGUUGAGAAAAUGGAGGGUAAGAAACCACCACCCAAGAAAAGGGGAAGACCUCCAAAGAAGCAAGAGGGCAAAACUACCAAGAAAACUGCAGCUACCAAGAAGAAAGCAGGAAGAGGCAAGGCUCAGAAGGCCAAGAAGGAACCAGCUGUCAAGAAAGGGCGCCGGGGACCUGCCGCCAAAGCUGGCAAAGGGAAGAGCUCUCAGCCAAAACAAACCAAAGGGAAGGCCAUGAAGAAGGGCAGUGCCAAGGCUCAGGAGGAGGAUGACAAGAAGAAGGGCAAGAAGAAGAGAGGCCGUCCUCCCAGCAAGAAAGCCGCAACCACCAAGAAGGGAGCGGCUAAGCGGGUUGGCAGACCCCGCAAAAGCAGCUCUGACAAAGCUACUUAGGAGGGAUCCCAUGGCAGAGGAGGACACGGAAGCCUGAGGUCUACAGGGUUUGCUGAGGUGGUUCCAGGAUGCCGGAGGUACAGCCGUCGUUGAGAGGCUUGAGCACAGCAGAAACACCAGAAAAAAAAAAAAGUGCUCCCUGCUGGCCUUCCGGGUCCACCAGGACCCAUGUCCUAGGGCCAUUCUCCCCAAGCCCUGUCCCUCAGUGUCUUCCAGCAUAGGCUCACUAGUGUCCUCAAUAUCGACCUCUCCAAAUACCCUUAUUCAGCCCAGUCACACAGGUGGUCUAUCCCCCCUCCCCAAAUUUGGCUAAGACCACCAAAAUUUUCUGCAUUAUCUAAAAAGUGUAGUGUGACUUCAAAAUAAA